GCCCCGAGCCAACCUGAGCACCGUGUCCGACCGGCGGCUGCAGAUGCACAACCCGCUGUACCCGGUCACCGAAGGCUCCUACAGCGCCUACGCCGUCGUGUUCCUGUCCCUCGUCGUGUUCACCGUGGGCAUCGUGGCCAACCUGGCCGUGAUGUGCAUCGUGUGGCACAACUACUACAUGAAGAGUGCCUGGAACUCCAUCCUGGCCAGCCUGGCUUUCUGGGACUUCCUCAUCCUCUUCUUCUGCCUGCCCGUGGUCAUCUUCAACGAGAUCACCAAGAAGAGGCUGCUGGGGGACGUGUCCUGUCGCAUCGUGCCCUUCAUGGAGGUCUCAUCGCUGGGGGUCACCACGUUCAGCCUGUGUGCCCUGGGCAUCGACAGGUUCCACGCAGCCACCAGCCCCCAGGCCAGCACGCGGCCCAUCGAGCAGUGCCAGUCCAUCAUCGCCAAGCUGGCCGUCAUCUGGGUGGGCUCCAUGACGCUCUCGGUGCCCGAGAUCCUGCUCUGGCAGCUGGCACGGGACACGUCGCCCGUGUCUGGCGUGAUGAGCGAGUUCUGCACCAUGAAACCUUCGUCCAACCUGCCUGAGUCCAUCUACUCGCUGGUGCUCACCUACCAGAACGCCCGCAUGUGGUGGUACUUUGGCUGCUACUUCUGCCUGCCCGUGCUCUUCACCGUCAGCUGCCAGCUGGUGACGCGGCGCGUGCGCGGCCCUGACAAGAAGGGCGAGAGCCGGGGCGCCAAGCAGGGCCAGGCCGAGGGCCACCUCAACUGCACCAUCAUCGCCCUGACCGUCAUCUACGGGCUCUGCACCACCCCCGAGAACGUCUGCAACAUCGUGGUGGCCUACAUGUCCCCCGACGUGUCCAAGCAGACCUUGGAUCUGCUCAACCUCAUCAACCAGUUCUUCCUGUUCUUCAAGUGCUCCGUGACGCCCGUGCUGCUCCUGUGUCUCUGCCGUCCCCUGGGCCAGGCCUUCAUGGACUGCUGUUGCUGCUGCUGUGAGGGCUGCGGCCCCGACGGCUCGUCCAGCGAGAGCAGCGCCGACAGCAAGCUCAAAACAGAGAUGUCCUCCUCCAUCUUCUUCGACAAGCCCCGGGAGACCCCCCCGCCCCUCCUGGCCCUGGGCACGCCAUGCUAAAGUGCCACCAGGGAGCCGUAGCGAUCGUUUCACCACCUCCUCCCAAGACCAAACCUUGUUCUGCCAUUAGUACUCGUGUCUGGACGUGGAACAAGAGAGAGACGGCUCAGGGGGCUGCGCCGUGGGCUUCAAAGCCAGCAUGGGGCAGGUGGGAUUGAAAUGCCAGUCCCCAUGGCUACCCUGGUGACCCUCUUGCCUCUGCCCAGAGGUCAGUGAGGACAGCAGCACCCUCCUGUCCCGGCUGCCUGGCCGGGCUCCCCGGGGCUCUGCUCUGGAGAUGGCGUCGUGCCGGAAAGGUCUCACCUGAAACUACAGAGGCUGACCAUGAUGGCUCCCAGAGGACACAGCAAACACAAACUGCCCUCCUCCUGUCCCCUCCCCUCCUGCCAGCCCCUCCACAAGAGGAAAAGGUCCAACUGGUCGUAUCCCACGGAUCCAAGCCGUGCCCUGUAUGAGCUCAAUAAACCAGUAACCUAGA